GCUCAAGGUUUUGGUUUCCCAGGGGAAACAAGCGGAUACCGCUAGUCCGCGGCCAGUUCCAGUUUCUUUCAUCGCACCACUGCGUGAGCCGGCCCAGGCGACGCAGCAGCUUCCCCCGAGCGAGACGGCGUCAGAAUGCCGAAGCGCCAGACGUACACGGUGUGCGGCGGGUGCGCAGGAUGGGUGUUCGACUGGAAGUUGCAGCGCUCGGGAGGGUGGUGCAACAAGUGCGAAGCCUACAUCAGCGGCUGGGGCGGGAAGUCUGUCCCUGGAGGAGGUGGCCAGCGCGGGGUCGGCAAACCACCGUGGGCCAAGCAGAUUGCCAUCACCUCCCCCGCUGACGAAGUGCAGCAAAUCAUCGACAAAUUCCAGACGGGUAAGGGCGCCUACGCCACAGCCAAGGUCGACAUCGGGCCGCUGCAGGCGCUCCAGGCCCGGCUCACAGCCAAGGCGCCGAAGCCCGCGGAGAUCCCUAAGGCGCAGGCUCUUGGGCAGGCCAUCAACAACAUGGAUCAGAAGAAGGCGGCCCUGGCAAAGGCGGCUAGCCAACUCUUGGAGGCGCAGCGCUGGCUGGGGGACGCUCAGGAUAAGCACGAGAAGGCGCUCGAGGAUGCAGCCGACGCGGAGGAGCAACACGAGGCCACCCUGCGGGCGUUCACUUUUAUCACCGACCACGAGACGGUCGCAAAAACCUGGAAGUUCCGCUUUGAGCACCCGAGAGCCACUGGACCAAACGAGGACCUGUGGACCCGUGCGAGAGCCGCCUGGCAGGCCCACCCAGAUCGAGCGGUCAAUGUAGUGUGGACGGCCUCACAUUUCGACGAGUCGCCUGACUUGCUAGACUCCCCGCAGCAGCAGUUCCUGGCGGCAGGCAAUUUAGCAGCUGAUGUCUGGGCGGGAGUCGGGGCGGAGUUGGCGUGGGAGUUCGGGCUGGUGGGGAGGGAGCCUGACACUAACAGGAUUGACUCGAUUGCGCACCUGGUCCGCAAGCGAGCUAGACGGGCGCUCAUGCUGGCCGCCUCGUCAGAGACGGGAGAGCGAGCUGGCAGGGCCCCAGUAUUCAAGAGGCUUUCCAAGCAGGAGAAAGCGAUAAGAGAUUCGCCCCACCAGCUUGAGCGAGUAGGUAGCAAGUGGAGGUGCUCUCAGUGCGAGCUAAUCGUCCCUGGAUGCAGGUUUUUGCGCUUUUCUGUUUCGUCGUGUGCUGGGCCCCCUGGGAAAAGCGUCCCUGGGGCUCCCGAGUUCACGCCGUUGAACGGAGUGGACCUGGAAAUCCACCCGUCUCACACGAUCACGUUCGUCGAUCGCUGGUUCUUGCAGAUUUGCUCCCUCUGCGGGAUGUACGCCACAGUGGACUCGAGGUCCCUGCGGAAGAAGUGCGCGGGUCUCACGCCGAAUGGCACAGAGAACAUGCGUAUAAUUGAGCAAGGCAUGUUUCCUCGGCGGGAGGGCCCCCCAAGAGCCAUCAAGAUGGCUAUUGCUCGGAGGGAUGGAUGUCGUGUCGUGUCGGCCCUUGAGGCCAGGGAGGAGGUGCACCGCGAGCAAGAGGGGGCCCCCGCCGAGCCCCCAUGUGUGACCCGUGCCCGCGACGACGGGCAAGAGCAGGAGAGGCUGCGCGUGGCCAAGGAGCUUCGGACGCAGGCGAUCAUUCAGAGGCUGCUGGCAGCGGCCCGCGGGCCGCAGGUUGGGGACCAACGGGUCACGCAGGGGGAUUCAGACACUUCUGACUCACUGCACCAGACAGGAUGAAGGAAGGGGUGUGGACUGUGCCCGAUAGCAAAGAGGCCA